AAUUUCCGUAUCUUUCAUGUAGUAUGCAUCUUAACCUUUCGCGGUCCAUUUGAUAUUAAAGUGUCUUUCACUAAGAUGAUGAAUCCAUUUGUCAAAUGCUUCUAGUAUUGCACACAACCACAGUGUCAGACCUGGUCUAGGGUUAGAUCUGGUCUAGGGUUGUGCUGGGUCCAUAAACUAUAAUGUCUAUAAAUCAUCAGCCAUUAAGAAAGUGUACAAGAACAGUUAUGUCUAGUCCACUCUACUGCAUCAACCGACUUCUUUCUUACAAGUUGUACAAAACAAACCCCACGUACGUGCAACAAACUUGAACGUCACUUGUUCUGGUCCAAGGAAUUUGAGUCUUACCAUGGAGGAGGUGGUAAACUUGUGUGACCAAAGCCCAACCGAAAACAUUUGCAAUGACCUACAAAGGAUUGUCAAGCAGGGUGGGAGAGAGAAAGGGAGUUGACCUCCAAGGUGUCUUGUGGGUGAGCUACCGGCCCACCUCUCACACCCUCGGUGGCGUUGAAUUGUUUAGUAAAAUCAUGCACCUUUGAUGCCAUUUUUAGUCUUUCAAAAUUAAUUUAAACCCAUGCAAUAUUGCAAUAUGCAACACCUAACUUUUUUCUUUUAACACUCGCUUGUGUUUUCUUUUCUUUAUAAUUUGGUCACCCAAGAUUUGAGGCACUGGGGAGGAUUUCUCUAUUACUACCUGUCUUUUCUUUUACUUUUCAUUCAUGAGUAGACAAUAUAGUAGGCUAAGUAUAAGCAUUUCUUAAGGAGGAAGGUGAAAGAAUAAGAAUAAACAAAAGACAAGCACACAAAGAUGGGCAGGAUUCCAUGCUGUGAGAAGGACAACGUGAAAAGGGGACAAUGGACACCUGAAGAAGAUAACAAACUCUCUUCUUACAUCGCCCAACACGGCACCCGUAACUGGCGGCUCAUCCCCAAGAAUGCUGGUCUUCAAAGAUGCGGGAAGAGCUGCAGGCUGCGGUGGACAAAUUAUCUUCGUCCUGAUCUGAAGCAUGGCCAGUUUUCGGAUGCGGAAGAACAGACCAUUGUCAAGCUUCACUCUGUUGUUGGCAACCGAUGGUCAUUGAUUGCUGCUCAGCUUACAGGACGCACAGACAACGAUGUUAAAAAUCACUGGAACACCAAGCUGAAAAAGAAGCUUUCAGGCAUGGGUAUAGAUCCAGUUACCCACAAACCCUUCUCCCACCUCAUGGCAGAGAUUGCCACCACACUAGCAACACCACAAGUGACCCACCUAGCAGAAGCAGCCCUUGGCUGCUUCGAAGAUGAAAUGCUCCACCUCCUCACCAAAAAGCGGAUCGACUUCCAGCUGCAACACUGCAACACAAAUGUAGCACAAGGGAACACCUCAUCCCCUUGUAUUUCCACUAAACAUGAUGAAAAUGAUGAUACCAUUGAGAAAAUCAAGCUUGGUUUAUCAAGAGCUAUGCAAGAACCUGGAAUGUUGCCUCCAAACAAAAUCUGGGCCUCCACUGGUGUUACUUCACCCAAUUUUGCAGGCACCUGCAAUGAUUUUCCUUCAUCGGUUAAUGCAUUUUUAUGCUGUCCAUCUUCUUUCAGCAACGAAGGAGCUUUGUCGCCGUGGAAUCACAGCAUGUGCACUGGAAGCACAUGCACAACAGGUGACCAGCAAGGUAGGUUGCAUGAAAUGCUUGGCAAUGAAAACGGAGAAGAAUUUGAGGGUGGGAAAGAGAUUAGAAAAGUCUCAUCCAUAUUCAAUACAGACUGCGUGCUAUGGGAUAUGCCAUCUGAUGAUCUAAUGAAUCCAAUUAUUUAAGAGCAUUACAACACA